AUGACUUCUGUUUUAUAUCCUAUUUUAUUUCUUUUUUUUUCAGAUCCUGACUUUAAAGACAUAGGAGUCCCCAAACCUCUUCCCUUUUGUGAAUUCGAGAUGGGAGGACCUGAAGGCAUCAUUGAAUCACAGCAGAUCACCAAAGACGGCAAAGCCUUGCAGACCGAGGCAGUGGACUGCAAGUGGUACAUCCGUGCCCCUCCUCGCUCCAAGAUCUACUUGCGUAUCCUAGACUACGAGAUGCAGAACUCCAAUGAGUGUAAACGUAAUUUUGUGGCAGUGUACGACGGCAGCAGCUCGGUGGAAGACCUGAGGAAUAAAUUCUGCAGCACGGUGGCCAACGACAUCAUGCUGGUGUCCGGGCUGGGCGUGGUCCGCAUGUGGGCCGACGAGGGCAGCCGAAAGAGCCGCUUCCGGAUACUCUUCACUACUUUCCAAGAGCCUCCCUGUGAGGCAGAUACUUUCUUUUGCCACAGUAACAUGUGUAUCAACAACACACUGGUGUGCAACGGAGUCCAGAACUGCGUCUACCCUUGGGACGAAAACCACUGCAAAGAAAAGCGGAAAGCCAACAUCCUGGACAACCUCAACAACACCAACGGCACCAUCAUCGGCGUAACCUGCUGCAUUGUACUGAUCCUACUCGUCAUAUCGGUGAUCGUCCAAAUCAAGCAGCCGCGGAAGAAGUACAUCCUGAGGCGGGAGGACUAUGACCCCACCAUGUUCCAGGAGGUGUUCCAGGAGCCGCCGCAUUACGAGCUCUGCACCCUCCGCAGCGGGGCAGCCACCUCCGCGGACCUGGCCGAGCUGGCCGAGGACUUUGAGAGCUACCACAAGCUCCGGUGCGCCUCCUCGCGCUGCGUCCAUGAGCAUCACUGCGGCUCCUCGCAGCUGUCCAGCAACAAGGGCAGCCGCACCAACCUGAGCGCCCGUGAGGCGACGGCCGCCAUCCUGACAGACCUCCCACCGCAGCCCAUGCGGACGCUUCCUCCCCAAACCAACCGCAGGAACAUUCUGGUAAUGAGACACACCUAUUCACAAGAAGCCGCGGAUGCCUGUGACCUGGACGAUGACCUGGAGGAAGUGCCCACCACCAGCCACAGGCUGUCCAGACACGAGAAAGCAGUGCAGCGGUUCUGCCUCAUUGGGUCUCUAAACAAACAUGAAUCUGAGUACAACACAACUAGGGUGUAACAGACAAUCCGAAGACAAAAUGUCAUCUGAGAUGGAAGGCACAAAAAGGUUGUUACAUCAUACCUUACACCUCUCCUGACUGACAUCUUGUGGAAACAGCCUCAAAGAAUUUGAAGGGGUGUGACUCUGUGACAGCUUGCUACUUGGUCCAUUUUUAGAAUUUGAUGGGGAAUAUCUUGACACCGACUCUUCUGAAAGUAGCUGAUACUGUGAAGCUCUUGGGAACUAAAUCUAAUUUUCAGACACUGGACUGAAACUGAAUAUACAAACUGAUGUACAUUUCAUUUCAUUCAGUGGAAUAAGAGACAUGUUUUUGUUUCUUCUGAUUUGAUAAUUGUAAAGCUCAGAUUAUUUUUCAAUACAAACUGUAGUGUCCUGAGUGGGUGCAUAAAGUUUUUACUUUGCGAGAAGCAUAGUUCAAGACCUUUAAAAUGUUCUCAAACCAUACGGUGCGAUACUUGAACCAACUGAUAAACAGGUGUAGUUUGUAAUCCUCCUUUUGCAAGAGUGAUUUUACUGUGACCUAGUUAGAUAUCUCUGACUAGCAUCUCAGAUGUUUAAACACGAGACUUAUUCUCUUAAAGCUGCAGUAGGUAACUUUUGUAAAAAUAUAUAUUUACAUAUUUGUUAAACCUGUCAUUAUGUCCUGACAGUAGAAUAUAAAACAGAUAAUCUGUGAAAAAAAAAGCU